AUGUUGAAGUUGCGGUCUCAUGCGAAGUCUACUUGGUCGGGGCCCGACGACUAUUAUAGUGUUUCACUCUUGGAGAGUACCGGGUUGUAUCACUUGCGUUAUUGUUCGCUCCCUCGGCACAAUAACCCGUUGAUAGAGGUUUUUAUCGAGAGGUGGCAGCCAGACACCAACAGCUUUCACAUGCCGUUUGGAGAGAUGACAAUUACUCUCCACGAUGUGCACUAUAUCAUGCAUUUGCGAGUUAGUGGAAAGCGCCCUAACGUUUGGAUUGAUAAGGCAGAUGCGAUUUAUGCGGGUGCGAGAGCGUUCGGUGUCGAGCCCCCAGUUAUGGAGAAGUGGUAUGGAGGCGGAUCCCGGUUAGAUGAUUUGGAUAGGAUGUAUGGCGACGAUUGUUCAUUUGCUUCCGAGUUUCGGGUACGAGCAUAUAUUGCGUACUUGCUUGGAAAGCUAUUGUUUGUCGAUAAGAGUGGAUCGAAGGUGAAAGCAGAUUUUUUCCCACUUUUAGAGCAUAUCGAUAUGAUUUCCGACUAUUCCUGGGGUUCGGCUACAUUGGCCUAUUUGUAUCGACAAUUGGGCAUGGCUACGCGAGCUGAGGCGGCGCAGAUGGGUGGUUGUCUGACACUGUUAGAGUGUUGGAUAUAUGAGUAUUUUCCGUGUUUCCGGCCUCCGAUGGUUAACGCACAUGUGAAUGGAGAGCCCUGGUGUAAGAGGUGGCAGGUGAUACAUCAUAUCCCUAAAGACGAGGAUAUACUUGUUGAUUAUCGUCGACGUCUUGAUUCUAUGCGUGCGUCAGAUGUAAGUAUGAAGUUUAAAUAA